UGGCCUUACAAAUAAUAUUGUUCUGAGUAAAAGGUUGAACGAGUUAUUCUCUCCUUAGACACCACAAAAAAAGUAGUAGGAGUUGAGAAAGAAUCGCUCCACCAUUCUCUUUAUCAUUCUUCUCCUCCUAUAAAAACAUCACUCCAUCAAUUCCAUUACAACACACACAACAAGAGAAGAAAUAAAACAAAUAAAAAAAAAUUAAUAAAACAAAUAAAAAUAAAUAAAAGCAUCUAGACGAGACAAAAAAAAAAUGGCAAAGGCUGUCGCUCUCGUCUCCGUGCUCUGCAUUGUGGCCCUCGCCGCCGCCUCCGUCGCACACGCCCACCAACGAAACGUCUUCAACAUCGAAGGCGAUGUCUACUGCGACCCUUGCCGAGUCCAGUUCCACACUGAACUCAGCAAAAGGAUCCCUGGCGCAACCGUGAGAUUGGAGUGCCAAAACGAGGAAACAAAGGCGGUGACGUACUCCGUGGAGGGGUUGACCAACGCAGACGGGCACUACAGCCUAAGAGUGGACGGGGACCACGAGAAGGACGUGUGCGUGGUGAAGGCCAUCAAGAGCCCGAUAGCCGAAUGCAGCGAACCAAUGACCGACGUCCGGGAAUCAAGGAUCGUGUGCACCAACAACAUCGGAAUGCACUCCGCCGUCAGAUUUGCUAAUCCCAUCGGUUUCAUGACCAAGGUUGGAAGCCCGCAGUGCAUCCCGGUCCUCCAGGACUUCUUCGCCGAUGAUUAGAAAAUUCGUCGUUGAUUCUUCGCAGCUUUUGCCGUUUUUUUUUCUAUUUUUUUAUUUUUAUUUUUGAUUGAUCGAAUAAAGGGAUUGGCUUUUGGCUUCUCCUGUUAUGUGUAAUUUGGCAUUUGUUCUAAUGCCAAAAUAGAAAAAGAAAAAAAAAGUUACAUACAUAAUUAAAUAAAUGAAAAAAGCCAAUUUCAUU